UAAACAUAAGAACUUAUCCCUGAAGAAGUCACAUGAUCAAAACAUGGCGUCCGCCAAACAGGCAGUGGAUGGGUUUCUUAGCUCUGGCCAGUACCGUCCACUUUUGUCUUUAAUCAAAGGCUUAAGAAAUGGAGCUGUGUAUGGUGCCAAAGUUAGAUUUCCACAUGCCCUUGUUAUGACUUUCCUUUUCAAGGAAGGCAGCUUACAAGAGAAGAUAAAGGCCAUACUUGAGGCUACCUUUACACAUUCCAAGAAUCUUGCUGUGUUUGUUUUCCUGUAUAAAAGUCUAACAAACUUGAUGCAGCACUUUCAAACAGAAAAAUCACAGAUUCACAGUUUUAUAGCAGCUUUUAUUGGUGGUUAUUUUGUCUUUGGCAAAUAUAACAAAGUAAAUGAACAGAUAAAUUUGUACCUGUUAUCCCGAAUUAUAUAUGGACUUGCCAAACUAGCAGUGAAAAGAGGAUAUAUACCAAAACCAAAGGGUGAGACGUUUCCAUGGUUUGCAGCCAUUGUUUGGGGAAUAGUUCUGUGGGAAUUUGAAUAUGAACAGGACACUUUACAGUCAUCUCUACAAUCCUCCAUGACAUACCUCUAUCACGACAGUAAUAAAUGGACCUCAUUGAAGAACUUUCUAUGGCACAACAAGUAGUACAUGACAUUAUUUAGAGCUUGUUUUAUAAACUAGUAGCUGUACUUUUCUAGAUGGACUCCCAAGAGCAGAACCAAAGGAGCAGAUAUCAUGUACUGAUGCAGAGACCAAAUUUAGUGAUGAAAAUAUGCAUAUUCAUUUUUCUGAAUUUUUGAAGAAAUUUCACAACAGUUUAUAUAUAUGAUGUGUUUUAAGGGUCCAAUAUUCUCUGUCUGCUUGCUCUAAGCUAAAAAGGAGAGCACAGAUUUACAGAUCACAAAGUGUUGAGGUUGAGCCCCAGGCAAGGCGUAUGUUCUCUGUGACAGUUGAUAUACAACACUGUGACUGAAAUCAUUCAUCCUCCAUCUCUGAGUCAUGUUAGGAAAUUUGUAGUUACUUGAAGAGAACAAGCUAGUACUAGUACAGAAUUGAGAAACACUAAUUAGGGUUACUGCCCGCUGUUACAUAAUUGAAAUACUUUUGAAAAAUGGUGCUAAGACACACCCCACAUCCUGAAAAAAAAAAUAAAAAUAACCCAAAUGUAUGUUAUUUCAGUAAUCUAGCAUUACAAUAUAUUUUAUCUUACCUUCAUGCGAAAUGAAUGGCAAAAUUGAGUGGUAUGAUAAAUUUGUUUUAUUUAGUCAGUGACAAAAUAAAUUUUGCUGGACUUAAGUUUUUUUCACCUUUUUUGAAAAUAGUGCUAUUUUGUUUUUGAAAACAACUACAAAAGACAUAUUUAUACAAGGAUUUUUUACAAACAAGUUUUAUGUCAGUAUGUGAAUUUAUGUGUUUGUCAUUACCAGAAGGAAUCACUCAAGGAGUGAAGUAACUGAAGUUGACUCAUCCAUAGCAUUUAAUUGUGCAGGACUUUGUUUUUCUGCACUUGAAACAAGGGAUAUAAUAUUGCAUCUUGAAAAGAAUUUUAUUGAAUCAAGAUUGUUGAUGAAACUGUUACCUACCGGUAUUUUCUCAAUCAUGUGGUGCAAUGACCUUUUGAAAUUUAACCCCAGGCCAUAUGUUUACUUGGUGAGGAUAGGUACUUUAAAAGCAGAAAUUUUCGCAAGGGUUUAAUUUUCGCUAUAUUUGCGAAGCCGUACAUCUCAUGGAAAUCAAUCCUCGCAUAAAUAUUUACCAUUAGUAUAAUGCUGAUUCAAGUAGGAUACCAUUUUUACAAUUUCACGAAUAUUAAACCUAGCGAGCAUAGUCAAAAUUUUAAAAUCACAAAAUUCUGACAUAGUGAAAAUUUGUGUUUUUAGAGUAUCCAACUUAUAACCAAACUGCGGAUAAAUAUUCAUUUGACAGCAAAUUAAACUUAAGGUUAAACAUUACGUAGAAGUCAGACUUAGUCUUGAUUUUCUUUCAUUUUAAAUUGUUAGAAAUUUUUAAUAACAGUUUCAGUUUAAAUAACUGAGUCAAGUAAAUUAGCACAUAUAAUACUGUAUGAAUAUACAACAUACUGGUAAAUUUAGCUAGUGAGUAAGAUAACCAGUUAUUUUAACAACAUAUACAAAUUUAAGUUAUAUCUAAAUCUUAGGAAGUUAUUGCUUGGUAUUACUUAUCAGAGUUAUGGCUCUUGGCCAACUUAAGUCACCUAAUGAUGAUAAAAAAGUAUGCCAAGUUUCAAAGCUAUUAUGUAGUUGUUACUGUGUGAGUUUUUAAGAAAAGGUGAACCUAAACAAAAGUUUUAAUUGACGCCGACAAUAAAGUGUCAAGAAUACCUUGUAGAUUGUUUUAAAAAAUCAGACAAGCUAAAAACUGAUGUCAUAAAACUAAUGAGUUGAAUACUUCUGUUUAGGAGUAGUCAAAAUCUAUCCACACCUGUGAGGCUUAAUUUGAAUUUCAGAAAAUAAACAUAAAUUUGCAGAUAAAGGUAACAACGGUUGUAUUCAUAAAUUCAUUUUUUCAGUUCAUUUUCAUACAUUUAAGGUACUAAGUGGCUAGAUUAUUAUUUAUAUAAGUAAUAUUCUGCUGAAAGUUGGUUUAGUUUAUACUGGCACCAUUCUGCAGGACAGUCUGUUAUUAUACUGGCACCAUUCUGCAGGACAGUCUGUUAUACUGGCACCAUUCUGCAGGACAGUCUGUUAUACUGGCACCAUUCUGCAGGACAGUCUGUUAUACUGGCACCAUUCUGCAGGACAGUCUGUUAUACUGGCACCAUUCUGCAGGACAGUCUGUUAUAUUGGCACCAUUCUGCAGGACAGUCUGUUAUUAUAUUGAACUUCUGUGAUAAUUGUACAGCUGUGUUAAAAAUUGAAUAUUACAAAAGUGGUACAGUG